CUGCUGAGCGAGUGAGCUGCACGGCUCCUGGUGUGUUCCCUCAACCCUCCAACCCGUCCACAACCUCUAAUUCCGAAGGUUCUGGAGGAUCUGCUGGACGUUUUCUCUUUUCCGGAAGGUGCACAGACCCUCAGGCAUCCCAAGGACAAGGCCAGGACACGUGACAAAGUGCAGGAGGAUCUCGGGGGCGAGUUAAAGGUUGCCGGAGGUUAGGAGAGGUUGAAAGGGUACAUAAAAUUCACACGUUUGAGAGACGUUUCAACAGAACCCAUCUGUCUGGAAGAUUUCCCAAGGCCAAGAAGAGGAGUGAAAGACGAGGCACAAUGCAGGACAUCGGCGAUCCUAUGAAUGUGGAGGUUCCUAAGAUCAAUGACUUGCUCGGCCUCGACCCCUAUCUCAAGUCCUUCGAGAGGGAGAUCAGGAGGAGAUAUGGAUGUUUUGAGAAAUUACUCAACCAAAUAAAUGAAGCAGAAGGAGGACUGGAGAAAUUCUCCCGUGGCUAUGAGAAUUUUGGCCUCCGUGUUAAUCCAGACAACAGUGUGACCUGCCGUGAAUGGGCUCCCCUGGCCCAGGCGCUGUUUCUUAAAGGGGAUUUUAAUAACUGGGAGAAGUGUGCACUGCCUUUCAAGAAGUUGGACUUUGGUAAAUGGGAAGUCACUAUACCACCUAACCCAGAUGGAUCAUGCCCCAUUCCCCAUUUAUCACGUGUCAAGAUUGGUGUGUUGUCCUCAAAGGAUCAGGUGGGACUCCUGACCCCUAAAGACAGUAUGGUGGACCGACUAUGUCCUUGGGCUUCGUACGUGCUGCAGCCUCCCAAGUCAGAGGGGGUUGCAUAUCAGCAUCACUUCUGGAACCCUCCACCAGAAGAGAAAUAUACCUUCAAGCACCCAAAGCCAAAGAAGCCAUCAAGUAUGAGGAUUUAUGAGUGUCAUGUUGGCAUUGGUACUAGUGAGCCUAAAGUUGGAUCAUACAAGGAGUUUACCCAAAAUGUUCUUCCAAGGAUAGCAAAGUUGGGGUACAAUGCCAUCCAGUUGAUGGCCAUUAUGGAGCAUGCAUAUUAUGCCAGCUUUGGGUAUCAGGUGACCAGUUUCUUUGCUGCUUCAAGCCGGUAUGGAACGCCAGAAGAACUCAAAGAACUGGUUGAUACAGCUCACUCCAUGGGGUUAUACGUUCUUUUGGAUGUUGUGCAUUCUCAUGCAUCCAAAAAUGUCUUGGAUGGUCUUAAUGAGUUUGAUGGAACGGACUCCUGCUAUUUCCACGGUGGCGGCAGAGGAAUACAUGAUCUUUGGGAUUCAAGAUUAUUCAACUAUUCACACUGGGAAGUGCUAAGGUUCCUUCUCUCUAACCUUCGCUGGUACCUUGAGGUAUACAAUUUCGAUGGAUUUAGGUUUGAUGGUGUGACUUCCAUGUUGUAUCACUCACAUGGAAUAGGUGAAGGUUUUAGUGGAGAUUAUAAUGAAUACUUUGGGCUGAAUGUGGACAUCGAAGCUCUUGUUUAUCUCAUGCUAGCCAACCACAUGCUCCAUGAUCUCUACCCAGAGAUCAUAACCAUUGCUGAGGAUGUCUCAGGAAUGCCAGCUCUUUGCCGGCCAGUCACAGAAGGUGGUGGAGGGUUUGAUUACCGUCUAGGCAUGGCCAUUCCUGAUACCUGGAUUAAGCUUUUAAAGGAGAUGUCAGAUGAUGAUUGGGAUAUGGGGAAUAUAUGCCACAUUCUUGAGAAUCGACGCUACAAGGAAAAAACAGUUGCUUAUGCAGAGUCGCAUGACCAGGCACUUGUAGGAGAUAAGACCUUGGCCUUCUGGCUCAUGGACAAAGAGAUGUACACUCACAUGUCCAAGAUGUCCCCUCCCUCGCUGAUCAUAGAUCGUGGACUGGCCCUGCACAAGAUGAUCCGCCUGAUCACACAGGGCUUGGGGGGUGAGGCCUACCUCAACUUCAUGGGCAAUGAGUUUGGACACCCAGAGUGGUUAGACUUUCCUCGGAUUGGCAACAAUGAGAGCUACCAUUAUGCACGUCGCCAGUGGAAUGUGGUUGAUGAUACCCUGCUGAAGUAUGAAUACCUUAACAACUUUGAUGCUGCCAUGAACAAAACUGAAGAAAAAUAUGGUUGGCUAAGUGCAGAACCUGGAUAUACAAGCACAAGGCACCAAGGGGACAAAGUCAUUGUGUUUGAAAGAGCAAACUGCAUAUUUAUCUUCAACUUCCAUCCUUCUAAAAGCUACACGGACUACAAGAUUGGAGUUGGUUGCAGUGGGAAAUACAAGAUAGUACUUGACACUGAUGCUGAGGAAUUUGGUGGCCACAAACUCCUAGAUCAUAACACAGAGUUCCUCACAAACAAUGAAGGCUUCAAUAAUCGUCCUAAUUGCUUGAUGGUAUAUAUCCCCUGCAGAGUAGCCAUUGUUCUUGCUAAAGUGGACUAAAAAAUGGCUAAAUCAGUGAAACCACGUGUGUUGUAACAGUAUAAGUAUAUUGUAUGAUAGAAUAUUAAAAGAAUAGGAAAAACCUGAGGGUGAUUGUUGAUAUUUUAUUUUUAUUUUUUUAUUUUUUUGUUUGUUUAUAUAUAUUUCAAUAUAAUAAUUCUUCUAUAUAUUGUAUUUUAUAUGUUGCUAUAUGAAGUAUUUAUACAGGUCUGUAAUUUAUAGUAGUUAUAUUAGACAGAUCGUUAUAUAUCUAUUUGUAAAGCAUGCAAAUUAAUAUACUGGAAAAGAACAUACUAUGUAA